CAUCGCCGCAAGGUGGCGGGAUUAUUUUUCCAGCAUCAGGAGCAUUUGAGGUCUGCCGACGAUGACUCACUUUGAGAUCCUUCUCUUCCCUCCGAUCAUCUCUUUUGUAGUGAACAGUGCCCAGAUACAUGGCUUCGAGGGGUGUGUCAAGCCAAGUGACGAAGCAGCAGCUACAGUAGCAGUGGCGAUCGCACAGUGAGACUUUUUCAGGCCCGCUGCUGGACGUGGUGAUCAUCGAUCCCUUGCAUCAGCAUCGCAGGCAUAGUAGGAGUUCGACAACAGACGCCUGACUUGCUUCAUCUGUCUCUGAUUAAUCAUUGCUGUUUGCUCUGACCGAGAAUAGCUCUCUCAUCGUGUCCUGCCGCUGGUCACGAGCGGACUAAAGCACGUCGCUGGCUCGAACUCUUUGCCGUUUCAACCCUUUGUACCCAUUUUGACUAUCAUGCGACACAACUAAAUACAACUCUUCUGUCUCUCCUUCGUCUCGCCAUGUCAUACCCGGGCUAUCAACCGCCCUAUCAGGGCCAACCGCCACCUUCUGCUCCCCCUCAACAACCUUUUUACGGUCGACAUCCUCCACCCAAUCCCCAAGUACUCACACCGAGUUAUUCAGGCACUCAAACGGUUGAGCAAUUCAGGAUGGAAUAUGCAGGUCGAUUGAGCACACUCACGUUCAAUUCCCGUCCUAUCAUUCAAGAUCUCUCCAUUCUAGCCAUGCAAGAACGUGAUCGGAGGGAUUGGGCCAAGAUGAACGUGGUUGUUCAAGAAAUUGAGGCUGCAGUUCAGAGGGCGCCACCGCAUGCCAAACUUCCCGUGCUUUACCUUGUAGAUUCAAUCUCGAAGAAUGUAGGAGCCCCAUUUACAACUCAACUCUUGCCACACGUCAUGCCUCGCAUGUUUGUCGCUGCUUACCGCGAAGUGGAUGGGGUGACCAGAUCCAAGAUGGAGGAAAUGGUUGCGCUUUGGCGCACUAGUGGACCAGAUGGAAGUGAUCUGUACGGACGAGAAGUCAGAGAAGCCGUAGAGAGGGAUCUCUUUGGUUCCGGUGGCGUCAGCUCACGAGGCCCAUAUCCGACUCGAGAACGAGUCUUGCAGACUCUCCAUGCGACGUUGGAGAUGAAGCAUCGGGAGAUCACUGCUCGUCCAUGGGACCCGGAACCCAGCAGACAAACGGAGACUCUCAAAAAGAUUUUGAUGAUGAUCACUACUUCUUCGGUUCAUCCACAACAAUUGGGACAAAUCAUGGAGACUUUACAAGCCAUGGUCCCACCUGGACAAUCUGCUCCGGUCUCUGAACCUCCACCACCAUCACGGUACGCUCCUCCGGUGACAGCUUGGCUGCCGCCGACUUCCACUCACUAUCCUCCACCGCCUGCCGGCCCGCCUAGCAAUCCAAGUAUGCCGCCCUUUCCUCCUCAGCUUCCUCGUGACCAAUAUGGUGUUCCUCUGGCACCUACGAUGGGCACUCCCCAGCUACCUGUGCCCACUCCUGAUCACCACCAGCGCUCGCUGACUCCUCAGCCGGGUCCAGCGAGCUCCGCUGCAGCUCCUGCAUUCAUACCGGAGAACGUCGCUGCAUUGAUCCGGAAUCUCAAUACUGCCGGCAUCGCCGGUCUUGGCAGUGCUCCCCGGACUCCCGAGAGCGAGCCAAUGAAUCUGGGGAAACCGAAAUCGAGUCUCAAUAGCUACGAAGAAAUGAUCCUCAACCUAGAUGUCAGGCUUGAAUCGUUGGACUUGAACAAGAUGAUCUCUUUGCCGGUUUCUCAUCUGCCUCAGCGUUGCACACAGUGUGGUAUGCGUUUUUCCGAUGCAGACGGAGCUAUGCAAGCACACUUGGAUUGGCAUUUCAGGCGAAAUAGAAAGCAGCGGGAAUCGGAGGGUCGAGGAGCCCAUCGAAGAUGGCUGCCUCGAGGCGAGGAAUGGAUUCAGCAAUCCGUCAUCACGGUCGAAGCUGGACCAUCAACGUCAAACGAAAAGUCUUCAAAAUUGACAGCCGAACGUAUUGCGCAGCUGAAGAAGAAACGAGUGAAAGUGCCCUCUAAUUCAGAUAUCGCGGCUCGUCCCUGUCCGAUCUGCAAGGAGCUUUUCAAAGCUGAAUGGAGCGAAGAGGAUGAAGAAUGGGUCUGGCGCAAUGCGAUUGAUAUCAACGAAAAGCGGACUUCUGGUGAUCCACAGAUUUACCAUGCAACUUGUCGAGCGGAACAGAUGGCAGCUCGCGUCGCGAAUAGGCUUCUGAAAGACGGAGAUGGUCGUCGCACGAAUAGCAAGAGUCCACGCCUGACUCCCGGUGUCGAAAGCAAAGUCGAAGGGUCUAGAUUCGGCCACGAUAUCAAAGUUGAGCAUCAACUGGCAGAAGAUUCUCAACAGAUCAAUGGUAAACGGAAAGCAGAGGAGGAAUCGACAGACUCUAAACGGGUCAAAGUGGAGCCUGGUUCAGAAGCCGCAGUGGAGGAGGUACCGGCGAAGGAUGUCGGAUCGAUAGGAAUCGACGAUGGACAACAAGCUGAGAAGCUUGGGCCGAACCAAACGGUCGACCCACCGCAGUUGUCGGCCCAGGUAGUUGAAUCUACCGCAGGUGAUUCUGCUUCCAGUGCGGCCGUUGCCACCCAGUCAGCUUGAAGACCUAGCCAGUAUGUACCCAUAGUCAUUAGAAGCAACGUUUGUAUAGGGAGAAC